UUUCAUUGCAUAUAAUUACUAUAAUUUCUAAGUUAUUUUUUAAAUUAAUGUUUAUAAAUAAUGCAUAAAUACAGUGACAGCUGCAAAAUGAAAUAUUUAGUUGCUUAAAUUUUCUUAAAUAUUUAUUUUCUUAAAUUAAAUGUUUAUUAGUAUGAAUUUCCUUAAUAACGCAAUGUUGGAAAAAAAUUAUUUUUUUUAAAGUACAUUUCUGACGUUCGAAACUAACCUCUAUACGAAUGAAAGACACAUCUGUUUUUUUUUCAAUAAUAAAAUUAGACCUUAUUUUUUUAAUUGAUCGUGAAUCAUGAUUAAAGCUAUUUUAGUAUUUAACAAUCAUGGGAAGCCUAGACUUUCUAAAUUUUAUCAAUACUUCAAUGAGGAUAUGCAACAACAGAUAAUAAAAGAAACAUUUCAAUUAGUUUCGAAGAGAGAUGAUAAUGUUUGUAAUUUUCUAGAAGGUGGAAGUUUAAUUGGUGGAUCCGAUUAUAAGUUGAUUUAUCGGCAUUAUGCUACAUUAUAUUUUGUAUUCUGUGUUGAUAGUUCAGAAUCAGAAUUGGGAAUCUUAGAUUUGAUACAAGUUUUUGUUGAAACAUUGGAUAAAUGUUUUGAAAAUGUAUGUGAACUCGACCUUAUCUUUCAUGUAGACAAAGUUCAUUAUAUUCUCAAUGAAUUAGUGAUGGGUGGAAUGGUUUUAGAAACCAAUAUGACUGAAAUACUUACAAGAAUUGAAGAUCAAAAUAAAUUGGAAAAACAGGAGGCAGGAAUCACAGCAGCGCCGGCGCGUGCUGUUUCUGCUGUCAAGAAUAUGAACAUACCACAACAGAUAAAGGAUAUGAAGUUGCCUGAUUUACCACAAGCUAUAAAAGAUCUCAAAUUCUGACCAGCCGUUACUUCGUUGGCUCCAAGCUGACUGAUUUCAACCACAAUCCCAAAUGCAAGUGAUACUACAAGGGUUUUUUUCCCCUCUCUUCAAGUGAAUGAGAAUGCACCAAUACUGUCCACAAAUUCUUCAUAUAUUUCAUCUCAACAGUAUCAGAGUUAAAAAAUGAAGAUUCCCAAAGAAGAGGAUUUGUACAAUGAAAUUUGAAAAAUUGUAUCUGUAUCUAAACAUAAGGAUCUCUGGAGUGUUGGAAGUAUUAAAUUCAAUACAUGAAAGAAGGUAAAAAUUUAUAAAUUUAAAAAUACUGAUACUAUAUUUUAUAGAGAUUGUAUUAUCAUACCUAGUGUAAUAUUAUGAAAUUGCAUUUUCACUAUUAUACCUAAAGUAGUAUAUUUAAUGUUAACUCAUUACUGAACACUUCCAUUCUAUUAUUUUCAAAGAUAGUAUUAAAUGAUAAUGUUAUAUUGUUGUAUCAAACAAAGGUGUAAUAAAUAUUGCAAUAAUAUAUA